GAACAUGGUAUUAGGUACGAAAAGGGUAUAUUUGGCAACACUGGCCACUACUAUAGUGCAGUUUUUGUGUGGAAAAAUCCAGUUUACCAAUUCGAGCAGUUUUUUUUGCAUAUAAUCAUAAUUAAAUUGCAUAUAAUCAUAAUAUGAUUGCAUACAUGCUUUUAUGUAGUUGUAUGUCGAAAAUGUAAAGUUGACAAUCCAUAAAAACAUUGGAUUAACAACGGGACCAACGCAAAAGUUGAAUCAGACAAAAGAAAACAAAAAAAGUAAUACUAUACCAAGAGCAAAUUUGUUGCUGACCACCAUUGGUAAAAAGCGAACUGCAUAAAUAAAUAAAUAACAAUAGCCACGACCUGCUCAAAAUAUAAUGUCGGAAUCCUAUGAUUAUUUGUUUAAAUUUUUAAUAAUUGGCAGUGCGGGCAGUGGUAAAAGCUGCUUACUCCAUCACUUUAUUGAGAAUAAAUUUAAAGAUGAUAGCUCUCAUACGAUUGGUGUAGAGUUUGGCUCUCGUAUAGUCAAUGUUGGCGGCAAAACCGUAAAGUUGCAGAUAUGGGACACUGCUGGGCAGGAACGCUUUCGCUCUGUGACACGGUCGUAUUAUCGUGGCGCUGCUGGAGCUUUGCUGGUUUAUGACACAACAUCCCGUGAUUCUUUCAAUGCACUCAGCAAUUGGUUGAACGAUGCACGCACAUUAGCCAGUCCAAACAUUGUCAUACUAUUGGUAGGCAACAAGAAGGACUUAGAAGAUGAACGCGAUGUAACAUUCUUAGAAGCGAGUACCUUCGCACAAGAAAAUGAACUCAUAUUCCUUGAGACCAGCGCCAAAACUGGUGAAAAUGUAGAAGAGGCUUUUUUGAAAUGUUCAAAAACAAUUUUAGCAAAGAUUGAAAGUGGUGAACUAGAUCCCGAACGCAUUGGGAGUGGCAUACAAUAUGGUGGAGCAGCGUUAAAGAACCUACAAACUCGACAGCGAAGUAUUAAUAAGCCCGAUUGUAGUUGCCGCGUCUAAUAAGAAAGCAAAAUGGAUUAGCAUUGCUGAAAACAAUGUCUUAUCAAGUCUUGAAAAUAUUUGUUUAAUCUCAUUUUAAUUUUUAGCAUAUACAUACAUACAUACGAUUCCGUGCAUGCAAAACGAUGCCGGCUUACGAAUUUUAAGUGUAUUUAAAAACUUAUAUUUAUUUUUCGACAAGUUCUCUGUAAUAUCCUUUAUCGGCAAUUUUCGCAAAUAUGAGAUUCUGAUGUAAAAGUCUU